UCUGCGCAGCCGCCGGCGCCUUCCCGGAAGAGGUCCGGACCGAGUUGGGCGAGAGAAGUCCGACAACAGGACGGCCCGCGGCUCAAGUUGCAUUCUCCCUUUGGGCAGGCACCUUCAGCUCUUGUAUCCAACCAGAUGAUUUGCCUUCAGACUCACAGCCUUCAGAGUAGUUCUCUAGAUCUCUGUCUGUAUUGGCCCAGGCACUUCAUCCAAGCAGAAAGCUUGUAAGGGCAGCUUUGACUAAAGAUGACAUCUCUGUUCACUCAAGAAAUUCACCUUUCUAAAAGACAUGAUAAAAUAGUAUCACAAAGAUUAAUAUUACUGCAACAAAUGGAGGAUAAACUUGGAGGUCAAAAUAAGGAAAAGGCAUCUCAGAUGCAAGCAGCUGAGACUGCUUUUAAAAGGAACCUUAGUCUUUUAAAGGAUAUAGAAGCGGCAGAGAAGUCUCUUCAGACCCGGAUUCACCCACUUCCACGGCCUGAGGUGGUUUCUCUUGAGACUCUUUACUGGGCAUCAGUAGAAGAAUAUAUUCCCAAAUGGGAACAGUUUCUUUUAGGAAGAGCACCAUAUCCUAUCGGUGUUGAGAAUCAAAAUGAAGCAGAAAAUACCAUUCAGAAGGAGGCGCAGUGAUAGCUUCUUCACACACUAUUUCAAAAAAAAAACCUGUUCCGUAAAGCUGAGUAUUCAAGAACAUGCAGGUCGCUUUAGGAAUCGGGUAUGUUCACGUUGUCUCAUUACCCGCUCAACGACAACGAAAACUGGGAAAUCUACCGGCAACUCGCAGGCUCUCACCUACUCUUUCAACAUCAGGAAUCUGCUUUCAGCCAAACCCAUAGAAGUAUUAAGAACUAGUAUUGAAAGGUGGACUGCUGAUUAAAUAAGUUGCUAAAUGA